AUGAAAGAAGAAGCCCAAACUGAGACUUUCAAAGUAAUGUUUAUUGCCUAUUCCAGUCAAGUAGUGGAAGAACUUUAUCAAAGAAUGAAAAAGAUUUCUUGUCAUGUAAUUCCAAUCAUUUACCCAAAUAAAAAAUUAAGUAAAGGAGUAAACGAAAUAGUCGCUAACAACGAAAAAAAUAUCGAAAUUUUUCGUAGCAAACAAAAUGAAAAUUACCAAAUUGCUUUAGUUUUAGAUAUGUUAAAUGUCGGUUUUGAUAUGCCUUGUUUGCAAGCAGUUUUUAUAGAUACAAUUAAAAGUGAAGAUCACGACAUUUUCCAAACCAUCUCUCGACCUAAUCGCCAAUUUAGUGGCAAGAACCACGGUACAAUUAUCGAUUUUCUCGGACUCAAGGAUAAUAUUAUUCAGGCAGUAAAAAAAUACGAUGCUCAAAGUUUGCUAAUUUUGGAUCAGGAAAUUGGAAGAAAAAUAAAAGAAGACAUUCAAAAAUUACAAAAGGUUUAUGAUGACUUAGGAAAAGAGAUAAAUAAGCAGUUGAUGAAAGAUUUGCAGUCUGAGCCUAGUUCUCUAUUAUUUAUUGCCGACCAAUUAAAGAAAAAUGAGGAAAAAUGGUCUGAUUUUCGUCAAAUUUGUAUAGAAGAAAAAAUAUUCUUGCAAAGAUCGCUAGAAAUAACUCAAUUAGUUAGACAAGUUAAACAAGAAAAAGACAUUAUCGACUUAAAUUUUCCAGAGUCUUCGGAUUUAUCAGUUUCUGAAUUAGAAAUUCAUAAAAAGGAAUUAGAAAAUGAGAUUUUUCGCUAUAAGAAAAAUCCGGAACAGAUUUUGUCUGUUACUAUUCAUAGAUUGUUAAAAGAAAAUUUUCCUACUGAAAAAACCUUUGAUUUAAAAUUAACUACCGAGAAAAUAUUAAAAACUACUAAGGAACUUCGAGAAAAAAUCGAUUGA